AUGGGAAACGACGCGGAAACUACGCCGCCAGCUGCUUCCGCAGCCGCGGAAGAGCAGAAGCCAGCCGAUGCCGCCCCGGCCGACGCGGCUCCCGCAGUAGAUGCUGCCGCUACGGAGGGGGAGGAAAAGAAACAGGAGGGGGAGGGAACGGAGAAGAAAGAGGGGGAGGGGGAGGCAGAGGGGGAGGGUGAUGGGGUUGCUAAGAAGGACGCGGACGAGCUUCAGCUGUACCCUCUUGCGGUGAAGGGACCCGCUGGGGAGGAGAUCGAAUUGCAGGCGAACCUAGCGGACACAGUGAUGGACUUGAAGCAGUCUCUGGCCGACGCUCCCGAGACGUGCUUCUAUACCGCUUACGACCUUGUCCUCGCCAACCCGGACUCCUCUUCUCUUUCUCCUCCCCCUCCCCCCCCCCCCCCCCCCCCCUCCCCUCCCCCCCCGCUCCUCCCCCCCCCUUCGCCCCUCCCUCCUCCCCCUCCCUCCCACCCCCGCUCCCACUCGCCCUUUCAGGUGAACCUUGCCGAUACAGUGAUGGAUUUGAAGCAUUCCUGGCGGACGCCCCCGAGACGUGAUUCUAUACCGCGUCAACCCCGCAGACACAGUAAUGGACUUGAAACACUGGCCGACGCACCUGAGACUUGCUUCUAUACCGCGUUCCCUCUUUCGCCCGCUCCCCCUCCCCCCGUUUCCACCAAUCAGGUGAACCCAGCUGACACAGUAAUGGACUUGAAGCAGUUUCUGGCCGACGCGCCCGAGACGUGCUUCUAUACCGCGUACGACCUUAUCCUCACCAAGCCGGACGGGCUGCGUUACCACCUCAUGGAUUACGUGGAGAUUGGUGAGGUUGCUGACGUGGCGGCCGGCGGGUGCCUGCUGGAGAUGUUCAACACGUUCUACGACGACCGCGCCGUGCGGCUGCACGUGCGUAAAACGAGGGAGCUUAUAUCGAUGGCGGGUUCGUACUCUAGCGCGUCUACGGCCAUGGCGGCGGAAUAUGAGCUAGUUAAGGGGCUGGCUACUGAACGCGAGCUUGGGGGGGAUGAGAAGGAGGAGGGGGAGGGGAAGGACGGCGAGGGGGAGAAGGGGGAGAAAGACGGGGAGAAAGACGAGGAGGGCGGGGAGUGGAAGAAGAGCGGGAAGGGGAAGAAGGGGAAGGGGCGGCGGAGCAAGGAGGAGGAGGCGAAGGAGAAGGAGCGGCGGGAGAAGGAGAAGGAGCGGGAGCGCAAGGCGAAGCUUCCGAGCAGCAAGGCGCGCAUGGAGGAGAUCGCGUCGCUGGAGCAGGGCGUGGGGCUGGGCGAUGAUCCCAAGGGCGUGCUCGCGAAAGUCAUGGUGAAGGGCGGCGCUGACGAGGAGGCCGCGCCCGUGUGUGUGGAGAGCAUCGCCUUCUCUUCUUUCAACCCUGGGCGAGGACGGAUGGAUGGAGAGGAGAUGGCGUGGCUGGAGCAGGGCGUGGGGCUGGGCGAUGAUCCCAAGGGCGUGCUCGCCAAGGUGAUGGUGAAGGGCGGCGCUGACGAGGACGCCGCGCCCGUGUGCGUUGAGAGCAUCGCCUUCUCCUCCUUCAACCCUGUUCCGGGGCCCAGGAGGCUCCAAGGCGACCUGGUCUACCUGGAGGUGGUGACAGCGGAGGGAAAGCUCUUGCGUGACGGCGCACACAAGGGGCUCUUCUCAAUCCACACAUCUCUUUCCCCUCUCCACCGGUCUCAACCGCUGCAAGGCGAUCUGGUGUAUCUGGAGGUGGUGACAGCGGAGGGAAAGCUCUUCUGUGUGACGGCGCACACGAGGGGCUUCUUUGUCAACCGCAGUGGCAGUCCCAGUGGCACACGUCUCAUAUCCCUUUCCACCACUUUCAACCGUUUCCCAUCCCCCUGCAGGCUCCAAGGCGAUCUCGUAUAUCUGGAGGUGGUGACAGUGGAAGGAAAGCUCUUCUGUGUGACGGCGCACACGAGGGGCUUCUUUGUCAACCGCAGUGGCAGUCCCAGCGAUCUGGUGUAUCUGGAGGUGGUGACAGCGGAGGGAAAGCUCUUCUGCGUGACGGCGCACACGAGGGGCUUCUUUGUCAACCGCAGUGGCAGCGGCCGCAAGCUGGACCCGCGCCCUGCUGAGCCCAAGAUGGACGCGUCCACUCUCAUCGGGCUGCUGCGCCAGAUCAGCCCGCUCUUCUCCAAAGCCUUUGCGGAGGUGAUCGAGCGCAAGGCCAACCGCCACCCGUUUGAGAACAUGCUGGCACCGCUGCCGCCCAACGACUGGGCGGCAAAGCCCAUCUGGGGCGGCGCGGACGGCACGGGGCCGCUACAGUAUACGCGUGACGUGGCACGAUCCGAAGACGCUCUAAUGGCCCCCUUCGGUAUCGAUUUCAGUGGCGUUCUGAGGGACUGGAACGAGGAGCUGCAGAGCUGCCGCGAGUUACCGCGUAACUCGUUACAAGACCGGAUUCUGCGCGACCGGGCCUUAUAUCGAGUCAGCUGCGAGUUUGCUGAUUCGGCGGUUCGCGGCGCGAAGGCCGUGAUUGGCCGGUCGAUCCCGCCGAUCAACCCGCAUGACGCGGAUCGGUUCCAUAUGUAUGUGCAUAAUAAUAUCUUCUUUUCCCUGGCUGUUGAUGGGGAUUUUGCGGCGCUGCAGCAGAUUAGAGAGGCGGAGCUGAAGCAGCAGGCGGAGGCGGAGGCUGCUAAGAAGGGGGAGGGGGAGGGUGGGGAGAAGAAGGAAGGGGGAGAGGAGGGGGGUAAGGAUGAGGAGAAAAAGGAGGGGGAGAAGGAAGAGGAGAAGAAGGUGGAAACGAAGGAGGAGAAGAAGGAGAAGAGGGACAAGAAGAAGAAGGAGAAGAAGGAUAAGAAGGAGAAGGAGAAGAAAGAGCAGGAGGCGGCAGAGGAGAAAAAGGCGGAGGAGGCAAAGGCAGAGGAGGCAGAUAAGAAGGAAGGGGAGAAUAAGGAAGGAGAGAAGGAAGGAGAGGAGGGGGAGAAGAAGGAAGGCGAGGAUGCAGCAGCAGCAGCAGCAGCGGCAGUGACGGAGGCAGAGCAGGCAACGUAUGCAUCGUCCAACAACGACCUCAAGGGCACCAUGGCUGUCAACAAUGCGGACAUCCCCGGGCUAUACUCGCUGGCUAUGGCGAUCGUGGACUACCGCGGGCACCGAGUCAUCGCUCAGAGCAUCAUCCCGGGCAUUCUCUACGGCGACCGCACGACUCAGAUGCUGUACGGGUCGGUGGACACAGGCAAGACCAUCAAGUGGAGCGACUCGUUCCACCCCAAGGUGGCUGAGCUGGGUAAGGCGCUGCACCUGAAGCAGCACAAGGUGACGGACGGAGAGGGCAAGGAGGCGACUCUGUGCUCGCCUGUGGAGACCAAGGGCAUUCUGGGCAGCGAUGACAGGAAAUACCUGUUGGAUCUGAUCCGCCUCACUCCCCGCGACGCCAAUUUCACCGCCACCACCACCAGCACCACCACCACUGCCACCGGUAGCGACGGCACUGAUACCAACACCACUGCCAACGCUGCCAACGCUGCCAAUGCUGCUAACCGCCUGGCGAUUCUCCGUCCUGAGCUGGUGGAGAAGUUCUGCCGGGAGGAGCAGGUGGAGCGGUGGAUGGCUCAGAAGGGCGUGAGCGAGCGGCCGAGUGCAGAGGAGGUGGAGGCAUUAAAGGAGAAGGGAGAGCUGCCUGACGUGCUGUUCAACCCGAAUGCGCUGACAGAAUUCAAGCUGGCCGAUGAUUCCAAGGAGGUGGAGGAGGAUGAAGCAGUAGUGCGCAAGGCGGGCAAAUACCUGAUCGAUACAGCACUGCCAGCACUGGUGGCGGAUAUCAAGAGCUCUGAGGGGUGGCCCGUGGACGGCCGCUCGCUUGCCAGCACCAUGCACGCACAUGGCGUCAACCUGCGCUACCUGGGCCGGGUGGCGAAGGAGGUGGCUGACGUGGAGCAGGUGUACUGGCUGUGCGUGGCGGAGAUGGUGGUGAGGGCCACCAAGCACGUGCUCAAGGCUGUGCUGCGCGAGACGCUCGAGCAGGACGUGGCCGGCGCCAUCGCACACUUCCUCAACUGCUUCCUCGGCACCUCCACCACCACGCCGCCGCCCACGCUCCCCGGCGUCGGGGAUACGGACAAAACUGAGGGCGGCGCGGCGGGCGGCGGGGGGAAGAAGAAGAAGAAGGGGAAGGGGGGAGAGAAGAAGGAUGGGGAGGAGAGGAAGGAGGAGGGGGAAGAGAAGAAGGAGGCGUUUCUGUUUGUGGUGGAUGUGCCGGGGUAUACUCGUAUCACGGCGGAUAUGGUGUGGUCUGAUAUCACUGAAGGCGUCAAGUACAAGUAUCAGUUCGAAAUCCCUUCUGAGACGCGCAAGAUGGUUCGCAGCCUCGCCACCCUCCGCAACAUCUGCCUCAAGAUGGGCAUUGUGUUGGCAGCCAGGGACUACAACCUCGAGUGCCACGUGCCCAUUGCCAUAGCAGACGUGUGUGACCUGCUGCCCCAAGUCAAGCUCGCCUCACCUGACUGCCGCAAGUCAAGUUCGCUUACUCCAUUCCCCCUCUCCCUGUUCUCCCUGUGUUACCCGUUGCCCCCACUUCAACAGAUGGGCAUCGUCCUGGCAGCCAGGGACUACAAUCUCGAGUGCGACGUGCCCAUCAUGGGCAUCGUCCUGGCAGCCAGGGAUUACAACCUGGAGUGUGACGUGCCGAUCGCCAUAGCAGAUGUGUGCGACCUGCUGCCCCAAGUCAAGUUCGCUUCUCCCGCCUGCAGCGACGCGCAGAAGCUGCUGGAGAAGGGCAAGAGCCUCGUGCACAAGGUCGGCUUGCCUCUGCGCCCGCGCUUCUCCGCCACGCCUCAGAGCGGGCAGUGGCUGCGGGAGCACGAGACAACCCUCAACUCGGCGUUUGAGAUCCUCAGCGAGGCCUACCAGAUCCUGCAGCAGGUGAGGGGUCAUGGCUGGACUAGGAAGGGUGGGGAGCACGAGACAACCCUCAACUCCGCGUUUGAGAUCCUCAGCGAGGCCUACCAGAUCCUGCAGCAGGUGAGGGGUCAUGGCUGGACUAGGAAGGGUGGGGAGCACGAGACAACCCUCAACUCCGCGUUUGAGAUCCUCAGCGAGGCCUACCAGAUCCUGCAGCAGGUGAGGGGUCAUGGCUGGACUAGGAAGGGUGGGGAGCACGAGACAACCCUCAACUCCGCGUUUGAGAUUCUCAGCGAGGCCUACCAGAUCCUGCAGCAGGUGGGGUUCCAGGGCUGCCUUUUGUAUUCUAUCCAUUUGUACCCUCCCUCCCUCCCUCCCUCCCUCCCUCCCUCCCUCCCUCCCUCCCUCCCUACCUCCCUCCCUCCCUCCCUCCCUCCCUCCCUCCCUCCCUCCCUCCCUCCCUCCCUCCCUCCCUCCCUCCCUCCCUCCCUCCCUCCCUCCCUCCCUCACUCCCUCCCUCCCUCCCUCCCUCCCUCCCUCCCUCCCUCCCUCCCUUCCUCCCUUUCCCCUCCUUCCCUCCCUGUCCCCACUCAUUUCUCUCCCUUUGAUGUUGCCCUUUCCCAUGUGUCCUUGCCAGACCACUCCUUUGGUCUUUUUCUGCAGUGCCCCUUCUCCCUCCCCCCGUUCAUCUUCCCCAUUCCGUUCCCCCGCACCUCUUCCCACCCAUCUACACCCCUGCACAACCCCAGGUACCUGGCUCUGAUCUUCUACCACGCAGGAGAGACAGGCAAUGCCAUUCUGCAGCAGCACCGCGAGCUGAUUAUCAACGAGCGGGUUGUGGGGACGGACCACCCCGACACCGUGCACAGCUACGGCAACAUGGCUCUCUACUUCCACGCCAUGGGCGAGUCUGAGCUUGCCCUGCGUCACUUCAAGCGCACCCUGCAGCUGCUCUCGCUCUCAGCUGGCAACGACCACCCGGAGGUGGCCUCGCUGUUCGUCAACAUCGCUCUCACCUACCAGGACAUGGGCAAGUUACAGACCGCCAUGAAUUAUCUGCAGGAGGCGGUGCGAGACAUGGGCAAGUUGCAGAACGCAAUGAAGUACCUGCAGGAGGCGGUGCGAGUGAGUGAGAAGCUGCUGGGGGAGAAUCACGUGCAGGUGGCCGUGUGUCACCACGCUCUCGCCCUCGCCUUCUCGUCUAUGGGGGCGUUCAAGCUCGCUCUACAGGAGGAGCGCAAGGCACAGGCGGUGUUUGAGAAGGCGGUGGGGAAGGAGGACCCGCGCACCAAGGAGUCAGAGCAGUGGGUGCAGUCGUUCCUCGACCGCGAGCUCAGGGCACGUGAAGGCAUGCUUGCAUCGCCCAAGGAGUCGGAGCAGUGGGUGCAGUCGUUCCUCGACCGCAAGCUCAGGGCGCAAAAGCAGAAGGUGGGGCAAUCAUCAGCAACAGUCCAGCAGCAACAAGCAGCAGCUCUCCGUGUGGCCGAAGCUCUCAAGCAACGGCCGGAGCUGCUUCAGGUGUUGCAGGCAGCAGCAGCGCCCGGAGCAGGAGGCUCCACCUCGUACCAGCGUGCCGUGGCUGACGCUCUGCUUCGGGGAGAGGUCCCCCCACCUGCUCCCGGAGCUGGUGCAGGCAGGUUCGGCGGAGGCAUGGGAGCUACAGGCUCCUCAGGCACUGGCAUUCGAGCCAGAGGUGUGGACGAGCGGGCUUCCAGGGCUGCUGCAGAGGCUCGGCGGAAAGCAGCGGCUCGGGGGGUGAACCUGCGAGGAGCUGCAGGUUCGGCAGGUGCCCGAGCCGGUGCACCCAGUGCAAUGGACAUGGAAGAACUGAUUAAUUUCAUCAAUAGCACGUCACCAGCUUCUGGUGCGGCUAGCUCUUCCGCUAGCAAGACAGGCUCGGCAGCUGCUCCGGCAGCUGGCUCGGCAGGUGGUUCGGCAGCGCCUGCUGGGCUUGGCGGUGUGGGCCUUGGUGUUGGUGUUGGUGCUGUCUCAGGAGCUCCGCCUCCCACGAAAGCUGGAGGAAAGAAAGGUGCGGGAGCAGCAGCGGCAGCAAGCAAGCCUGCAGCUACGGCAAAUGGAGAAGCAAGUCAAGGGGAUGCUCCUCUGGGUCUGGGGGGGGGGCUUGCUCCCUUGCCUGGUGGCAAGGAGACCCUUUUUCCCGCCAAGACCGAGGCCGGUAUCCAGGUCGGCAACGCCUGCUGGGAGCUCUACUGCCUGGAGCAUGGCAUCCAGCCUGAUGGCCAGCUUAUGACCGGCGAGAAGACCUGCGGAGGAGGCGACGACGCCUUCAACACCUUCUUCAGCGAGACUGGCGCUGGCAAGCACGUCCCUCGUGCUGUGUUCCUCGAUCUGGAGCCGACUGUGAUUGACGAGGUCAGGACCGGUGCCUACAGGCAGCUGUUCCACCCCGAGCAGCUCAUCUCCGGCAAGGAGGAUGCUGCCAACAACUUCGCCCGUGGUCACUACACCAUUGGCAAGGAGAUCGUUGACCUCUGCCUUGACCGCAUCCGCAAGCUUGCCGACAACUGCACUGGUCUCCAGGGCUUCCUGGUCUUCAACGCCGUCGGCGGUGGUACCGGCUCCGGUCUCGGUUCCCUCCUCCUGGAGCGUCUGUCCGUGGACUACGGCAAGAAGUCCAAGCUCGGCUUCACGGUCUACCCGUCUCCUCAGGUGUCGACCUCCGUGGUUGAGCCGUACAACUCCGUGCUCUCCACCCACUCGCUCCUGGAGCACACCGAUGUCGCUGUCAUUUCCUCCCUGACUGCCUCCCUCCGCUUCGACGGCGCUCUGAACGUCGACGUGACCGAGUUCCAGACCAACCUGGUGCCCUACCCUCGCAUCCACUUCAUGUUGUCCUCCUACGCUCCGGUCAUCUCCGCCGAGAAGGCUUACCACGAGCAGCUGUCCGUGGCUGAGAUCACCAACAGCGCGUUCGAGCCUUCCAGCAUGAUGGCCAAGUGCGAUCCUCGCCACGGCAAGUACAUGGCCUGCUGCCUGAUGUUCCGUGGUGACGUCGUCCCCAAGGAUGUCAACGCCGCCGUUGCUACCAUCAAGACCAAGAGGACCAUCCAGUUCGUCGACUGGUGCCCAACUGGGUUCAAGUGCGGUAUCAACUACCAGCCUCCCACCGUGGUGCCUGGUGGCGAUCUCGCCAAGGUGCAGCGUGCCGUGUGCAUGAUCUCCAACUCCACCUCCGUGGCGGAGGUCUUCAGCCGGAUUGACCACAAGUUCGACCUCAUGUACGCGAAGCGUGCAUUCGUUCACUGGUAUGUCGGCGAGGGCAUGGAGGAGGGCGAGUUCUCGGAGGCCCGUGAGGACCUGGCUGCGCUGGAGAAGGAUUACGAGGAAGUCGGGGCUGACUCCACCGAGCCUGGUGAUGAUGAGAACGAGGAGUACUAG